UUAUUUUAAUUUUUGAAAUUUUAGCACAUAUACCAAAUAAAUAUUUAUUUUAAGUCAUACUUGCUGUUUCGGGAUUAUGUUUCUGCUGCGUCAAAUAAUUCUUCUUAUUUUGUUGGAAUGUAUAAAUGGAGAAAAGACAAAUAUUAUUUACAUGUUGAUGGAUGACGUUGGUUGGGGUGAUUUAGGUUGUUUUGGAAAUCCUGCGAAAGACACUCCCAACAUUGAUAAGAUGGCCGCAGAUGGAAUUCUGUUUACAGAUUUUUACUCAGCAAACCCGUUAUGCUCACCAUCUAGAGCAGCGUUGCUAACUGGAAGAUUACCAAUUCGAAACGGAUUUUACACAACAAAUGCACAAGCUCGAAAUGCAUACACACCUCAAGAGAUAGUUGGUGGGAUAUCAGAUGGAGAAAUUCUUCUUCCAAAACUUCUAAGUAAAGCAGGCUACAAAAGUAAAAUUAUUGGAAAAUGGCAUCUUGGACACCAGAAGCAAUUUCUACCGUUAAACCACGGCUUCGAUGAAUUCUUUGGUUCACCUAAUUGUCAUUUUGGUCCAUAUGAUGACCAAAAAACACCAAAUAUUCCAGUAUACAAGAAUAAUCAUAUGGUAGGAAGAUAUUACGAAGAAUUUAAAAUCAAAAAUGGAUUAUCGAAUAUGACUCAACAUUACACACAGGCAGCAAUGGACUUCAUGAAAACCGAAAUUGAAAAUGAAAAUCCAUUUUUUCUGUAUUGGGCAAUUGAUGCAACACAUUUUCCUGUGUAUGCUUCGAAGAAUUUUUAUGGAACUAGUCAACGUGGCAGAUAUGGAGAUGCACUUCGUGAGAUAGAUGACAGUGUUGCUACCAUUUUAAAUUUCUUGCAUGAUCAAAAAAUUGCUAACAAUACACUCGUCGUCUUUUCGUCUGAUAAUGGUGGAGAAUUAUUCAGGCCUAAUCAAGGAAAGAAUUCUCCCUUUUUAUGUGGUAAAGAAACAACAUUCGAAGGUGGUGUGAGAGUGCCAGCCAUAGCAUGGUGGCCAACUCGUAUUAAACCAGGACAGAACACCAACCAACCAAGUUCACUAAUGGACUUGUUCACUACUGCUUUGGAACUGGCGCAUGUAGAUGCACCAUCAGAUCGUGUGAUUGAUGGAAUCAGCUUACUUGGUACCAUGACACGUGACAUAAAAAUAAACAGGCCGUUAUUCCACUAUCGUGGCAAUGAACUUAUGGCUGUACGUGAUGGAUUUUAUAAGGCUCAUCUGUGGACAUGGACAAACUCACUACAAUUAUUUGAUGAGGGUGUCAAUUUCUGUCCUGGUGAAAACGUGGAUAAUGUCACCACUCAUCAACUUGUCAACCGUACCACAGAUCCUGUCAUCUUUCACUUAGGACGUGAUCCUGAGGAGAAGUUUCCAUUAAAAUUUGGCAGUAGUGAAUACGUCACUGCUAUGAAUACUAUCCAGAAAAUAGUAAGUGAUCACAAAAUGAAACUUGUAAAAGGCGAGCCAGCUUUAAAUUACUGCGAUCCAGCUGUUAUGAACUGGUCUCCUCCUGGGUGUGAAGUUCUUGGGAAAUGUUUAAAGGCACCUCCAUCGAAUGAAUCAAAAUGUGUUUGGGAUCAUUAGAAUAACGGAUAGUUGUGAGAAUGUAUUAUACCAUGUUAAGACAAACCAUACUUUCUAUGAUCUGUUUCUACUGACCUGCGAAAGGGCAAGGACAGGUACACCGAAAUUCUUAAUAUAUGCACAACUUUUUGGAUGUUAAUAAUGAUAUAUUUAUAUAUAUAUAUAUAUUUUGAUAAUUUGCAGCAAAUUAUAAUUUUGUACUAAUCACCUGAAAUAUACACGAAUGAAUAAAGUUGGUCAAAGAAA